AAAGCAAAGGACAAGAUCUGAGUACUCUUAAGUUUUAAUGGCAAAAAUUAUCUGCAAGGUGCACUAGGCAUUGACUCUAGCACUGGCUUAAACCACUUUAAUGCAAUUAGUGACCUUUUGAAGGAGCUGGACAUAGAUAACAAUGAAAUAGCCAAAUGCUAGAUGCGUUGAUAUUAUCACCAGCAAUACUGGUAAUCUGGGUAGAGCUAUAUACAGGUAGAUGGUAUUAGGUUAAAUAUUUUGCAAAACCAUGAUCCGUGCAUUGCUUUUUGUCUUCAUUUUAAAAUUCCAAACAUGCAAAGCUGAAAAACAUGUUGCAGAUAUAAAAAAAAUCAAACAAGAGAACACAAAGGAAAUUUUGCUAAAUGACAUAUUGAAUAACAAGAAUGCUAACUUUAACUCAGACAAAACAAUUAAUGUUUUGAACGAAUUGCUAAAUUUGUAUGAUGAAUUUAAAAAAAGCCAAGUAAGUGAUUUGGCUGAAACUUUUUUUAAAAAUGACAACAAAAAAACUGAACCUAAUGUUCUUCCUUGGCUGUUACCAGAUUUUUCUGAUAGUCCAAAACAUAGUCCAAUAAGAAUCUUUACUAAUUUCCCAUGGAACAAAAGAGUGGCAAAUAAGCUCAUGAAAGAUAAGCAGGCACCAGCCCUUCCCUGGUUGAUACCGAAUUUUCAUGAUAGUUUUCAAAAAAAUGACAAUAACAUAAAAACAUUAAUAAAACUUCCUUGGUUUAGAUAUGAUAACUCUAUUUCAAUCGCUCCUCGUCCUUGGAAUAAAGAAGAAUUGGAAGAGCUUAUUUAUGGUGACAAUAGAAAACUAGAUAAUGAUAUUCUUUUAAAAAGAAACAAAAUUUCAAGAUCUUCAAACGCCCCUCGUCCAUGGAAUAAAGAAGAAUUGGAAGAGCUUAUUUAUGGUGACAAUAGAAAACUAGAUAAUGAUAUUCUUUUAAAAAGAAACAAAAUUUCAAGAUAUUCUGACAAAGCAGUUUUACUUCGAUGGUUAAAAGAUACUAUUGAAUCUUAUGAAGAUAGAGAAAAACCGCGAUUAUACUUUGGAUCAGCAAUAAUGCCUUGGAAUAAGCAAGAAGCUGACAGUUUUAAAGAUAAAUUAAAAAUUCAACCUCAAAAAAAUAAAAAAUUAUCAUUUAAAUCACUUUGGAAAAGACUAGAAUCACUGGGGUUUCAAAGAGGUCUUGAAAACAAUGAAUUAAAAUCUCCUAGGCGAAAAGAAGAUUUAUCGGUUGAAUCUUUUUUAAAAGGAAUGGAAUCACUUAGAUUGCUUAGAAAUUAUAAAAAUCUUCACAAUGACGCUAAUUUUCAAACAAAUGAAGACACAACGCUCAAAAAUUUAAUAAGUAGUAUAGAAAAAGAAAAUUCAAAAAUCAAUAAUGAAAUAGCAAAUUAUGAACUUUAUGAAAAGAUUAAUGAGUUUUUGUCGUCAAAAAAUUCAAGUGAAACCGAUUCUUAAAUCAAUCUAAACUAAAAAGACCAACAAUCUAAUAAAUGAACUUAAUGUUUAAAAGUUUUUAUUCCUUUGAUUGUUUUCUCAUAAUAUUUUUUGUGAUUUUCAGAUUGUUUGUUUUUACAAAUUUUAGAUUUUAAUAGUUCAUAAAAUUAUGUCAUUCAUUUUAUUUAUUCAUCCGUUAUUAUAUUUAUUUUUCUUGUUUUUUGAACGUUUUUUAUUGCAAAUAGUUAAUGAUGACAUAUUCAUGCUAAAAUAAUAAUAUAACAAUAAUUAUUACUUUUGUUAAUGAUUAAUAAUAAUAAAUGGCAAGUGUAGCCUAGAAUAACCAUAAAAACU